UGUACCUAAAUCGGGUUCACUAAAUUAAAAUUCCAACAACAGGAGACGGGCUUCUUCUAGCGCUUGCGGAUAAAAUUUUUCCACGGGCCGUCUGCUUCAUCUAGGUUUCUAAUUUUGCGCUGCCAUUAGACGGACGGCAACCGUAAAGAGUUGUCUAGUCGUCGCCUUUCGCUGCCCAUCCCAACCCAAACAGGCAAUCUCUUCACUACGCCAACUGCUUUUCAAGGUCUUUGGCCUGUUUAGACAGAUGGAGCAUUGGCUAACAUUUGCUUGAUACUGGUUCCAUUUUCAUUCUCUAGGUGCAGUAGUAUUUGCAAAAGAGUUAGUUUGAGUAACAACCAGCAUUCAAUUGGCUGUCCUGUCUUGUAUGUUAUGCUAUCAGACUAGAUUAAUGGCCUGAAUGUUUUCCAUCCUUCAUUAGGGCAGCAGAACUUGUUACUGCACUUAGUUUGAAUCGGGACAAAUGAGCAGAUCUGCCAGUCAUAAAGAGAAGUAUGGAAAAAUUAGUAAUUUCCCUCAAAAUCGCUACCAUGAAGGAACUGCUGCACGGACAAGGCCUUUAAGCUUUGAUGAGAUUAUGUCAAAAAGGAAAAACAAAAAGAAACUGUUUGAAAAUGAAAAAGAGGGAGUUGUAGAAGAUAUAACAGGUGAUGGAAAUGCUGAAAAAAUUUCUCUUCAUUAUGGAUCUGAUAGGGUUAAUUCACGAGGUAAAGAUUCUUUCCCUGUUCUCCAAAAGCAUUUGUCAGAGGAAGAUGGAAAGGCAAGUUCCAAAAGGAAAGAAGAAAAUACCUACAUGAAGGAUGGCUAUUUAGCUAGAAGCAAAGAUAGAGAAAUUCGGGAUUCAGAAACCAAAUUGAAGGCCAAAAUGGACAAAGAUCAGAAAGCCAAAGGCAAGACUGAUGAAAAAAGUUAUGACAGGAGAAAAAGAGAUGAGCAGAGAAGCAGUAACGCUGAAAAUGAAGCUCUAAAGAAACAUUCAAGAGAAUUAAUGGAGAGAGAUAGACAUGUGGAUGAAAGUAGGGGAAAAUUUGAGAGAGAAAACAAGAGAAAAUACAGAAAUAGAGUUGAAGAGAAAAACAGAGAUAGAUAUUCCAAAAGAAAACACGAUCCAGGAAAAGGGCAUGAUUCAGAAACUUCAGACAGAAAGGAAAGGAAGGAACUAUCAAAAUCUCAUUUUGAGGAAUUAAAGCUUAAAAGAAGACGCUCAAGGAGUCGAGAGCGUGUGGACAGAAAAAGAAGGUCUAUUUCGCCAUUGCCAAGGUCACAAAAGCAUGCAUCUUAUUAUGGUAGGGAACGUGGGGAGUCAUCCUUAUCUCUUAAAAGCACAUCUGGAUGGCAGCAGUCUGAUACUGACAAGAAAAAAGUUACAAACAAUGGUCUGAGUGGCCAUUAUAAGAGACAUGGUGGCUCAAUAAGUGGGCUUGGUGGCUAUUCUCCAAGGAGGAGAAGAACCGAGGCUGCUGCCAAGACUCCUUCACCAACUAAACGAUCUCCCCCAACUAAAUGCACACCGGAGAAGAAAAAUGCUAAAUGGGACCUUGCACCAGAAGGAGCAGACAGCACCUUUUCUGUAUCAGUUCCUUCUAGUUUUCAACUGUCAAACCAAAUUGCAUCCUCAAACACACAUGAAGCAGUUAGUGUAGUUCCUGUUGCUUCAACUACAGUCAAGCCUCUUUCACUGGUUUCUUUCAAUAUUUUAUCAACCAAUAAGAAUGACUCCAUUGACUCUGUGCAACUAACACAAGCUACCCGUCCUAUGAGGAGGCUUUAUGUGGAGAAUGUACCAGACUCAGCCUCAGAGAAAGAUGUAAUGUCAUGUCUUAACAAUUUUUUGAUUUCUUCAGGUGUCAACCAUAUCCGAGGAACCCAGCCAUGUAUUAGCUGCAUUAUGCACAAAGAAAGGGGCCAAGCUCUUGUGGAAUUUCUUACACAUGAGGAUGCUUCAGCAGCUCUUGCUUUUGAUGGUUGUUCAUUCUCUGGUUCCAUAGUAAAAAUCCGACGCCCAAAAGACUUUGUUGAAGUGGCAACUGGUGAACCAGAAAAAUCAAUGAAUGCAGUCAAUGCAAUAAGCAAUAUUGUGAAGGAUUCACCACACAAGAUCUUUGUUGGUGGAAUUUCAAAGGCUCUUUCUUCUAAAAUGAUUAUGGAGAUUGCAAGCGCUUUUGGACCUUUGAAGGCAUACCAUUUUGAAAACAGUGAUGAUCUUAAUGAGUCUUGGGCUUUUCUAGAGUAUGCAGACCAAUCAGUUACACUCAAAGCUUGUGUGGGUCUGAAUGGUAUGAAGUUAGGAGGGCAAGUAAUAACUGCAGUUCAAGCUGCUCCAAAUGCAUCAACCUUGGAAACUAGUGGAAACCCACCAUUCUAUGGGGUCCCUGAGCAGGCAAUGGUACUUCUUAAGAAGCCUACACAAGUUUUAAAGCUUAAAAAUGUGUUUGAUCCAGAAGCCCUUCCAUUACUCUCUCAUACAGAAAUUGAAGAAAGACUGGAAGAUGUACGUCUAGAGUGUGGAAGGUUUGGCACUGUUAAAUCUGUUAAUGUUGUCAAGUGCGAUGUAACUCCCAUGUCCACCUUAGUAGCAUGUGGAGUCGAUGAGGAUAUGGAAUCUGCUAGGUCUCAGCAAGACUUGGGAUGUAGUGAAACAAAUGCCAAAGCAGAGACGAUGGAAGAGACUGUGGACUUUAAAAUUGUGGAAGGCAAUGGCGGAGAGGAUGUUAAAACUACAUGCAAUCUUUUGGAAGAUGAGUCAUUUCAACCAGUUUCAGUUGAUGGUGACACAUCUGUUGAAAACCUAUGCGGCAAGAGUGUAUUUGAGUCUCAAGAACUUGCUCAGGAGGCCUCAAAAGAUGAAUCAGACCGCUUUGAUGACAAGGUCAUUGAUAAUAUUCAAAUGAAUGGUACGAGUGUGGAAGACAAAUUGGCCAAUAGAGAAGAGUUGAAUUUGGAGGUAGUCAGUGGAAAUAUAAAGGAAUCAUCUUUAGAUGAUCAUGCAGUAGGAUUAGAUGCUAUUGAGAAGGGGGGCCAUAAGGAAGAGAGUUGUGAUCUUGGCCACAUUUUUGAGCCAGGCUGUGUUUUUGUAGAAUUUGGAAGAACAGAAGCGUCGUGUAUGGCUGCACAUUGUUUGCAUGGCCGGUCAUUUGAUAACCGCACUGUGACAGUGGGAUAUGUUCCUCUGGAUGUCUACCAGGCUAGGUUCCCGAAAUGACAGUGGGAUAUGAAUAUUUUUCAAUGAAAAUGAUUGGUUAAAGCACAUGUAUUCAGAAAGAUGAUGGAAGGCAGCAAAUCUGCUCUCUAUGCGUGGCAAUGCCAGUACGCAACACAUUUUCAACUUUCUGGGGCUGUGAUGUUGCACAUAUCAACAUUUGCCUAUAUGAAAUGUAGGAAACAAUCAAUUUCCAAUCUGUUUGUUGAUGCUGAAGCCAAAGUUGAAUGGCCGGAAUCUGGAAUUACAUGGGGGGUCAGAGUGGUCUACAGAAAUUUCAGCUGUUGUGUUGAUGAGUCACAUCAGGUUUGAGGGGCCCCUUUUCUAAUACAUGGAGAGGGUAAUGCUGGAAGAGUUGUUUCCUGACUAUUUUUUUUUUUUUCAUCUUUUUGGGUGGUGCUUUCUGAUGUACACUUUCGUUUUUGAACUAUACUGAUUUAAUGGAACUUUCCAUUAUACAAGAAAUUAUGUGACUUGUAGUUGAAUCUAUCCACAUUAUGUGAAGAGGAUGGCUGGCCCUUUGCUGCUACUUAAAAAUUACGAGUUAAUUA